AAUAAUAAAUAAUACUUCAUCAUGAUAAAAAUAAUAAAAAGCGAAACCCUUUUCUUUCUCUUUACUAAUUAUUGUGUUACUCAUGAGUCAUAACUCAUAACUAACAUUUCCAAUUCCUCUUACUUCAGAGGGAGAAACACCAAAAAUCUGGAGAGAGAAAGUUUCACGAAGAUUAUGAACACCACCACCCCUGCCACCAGCAAUUAUGAAACGCGGUCGUCCUCAAAUCUAGAUUGGAGAGAAAAAACGAUCAACGGUGGAUCUUUACGCCACGUGGACCUUCUCAAUGGAUCCAACGGUUGGGCAUCACCGCCUGGAAACUUAUUCUCUCUCCGAUCAAAACAGUAUUUGUUGAAGAAAACCAAGUCCUCCGCCUCUGUUGACUAUCUCUUGAGGCCUACCGCCGUUGAUUGGUUAAAGUCAAAUUCUAAGCUUGAGCACGUGCUUUCACGUGCCGACAACCGUGUUAUGCGUGUUCUUCGAUCUCAUCAGUCUAAUGGAGAUUUUCUUAAGUCUUUCGUUUUUGCUGUUAAUCUUCAAGUUCCAGGUAGAGAGCAUCACAGCGCGGUAUUCUACUUCUCAACAGAUGAGCCAAUUGAAUCAGGUUCAUUGUUAGAACGUUUCAUAAAUGGCGAUGAUGGGUUCAGGAAUAGCCGAUUAAAGCUAGUGAAUCGAAUUGUAAAGGGACCAUGGAUAGUAAAAACAGCAGUGGGAAACUACAGUGCUUGCCUCUUAGGGAAGGCAUUGACAUGUCGGUAUCACAGGGGACCGAACUACUUGGAGAUUGAUGUGGAUAUCUCGAGCUCGAAGAUAGCUGGUGCAUUGGUUCAUCUUGCGUUGGGGUGUGUCACAUCGGUAACAAUAGACAUGGGAUUUGUGGUCGAAGGCCAGAUUGAAGAGGAGUUGCCGGAGAAGUUGAUUGGGGCGGUGAGGAUUUGUCAAAUGGAGAUGAAUUCAGCCGAGUUUGUUGACUCAAAUUCACCUUCGAAUGGGGUUGGCAUAGGAAGGUUGGGUUUGGCUAAGGUGAAUCAUGUUGACGGGGAAGGAAGUAGUAGGAGUGACCAAUCUGAUCCGGGUGUCCUCUCUUAGAGCUAAUUUGGUAAAAUUACUCGGGGAACAUAAUUGCAGAGUGUCUUUUGACGGCUUGAAGGGAACAAAUUAGAAUUUCAUCAAGUCUAAAUCAUGGCCCAUCAGCCAAUACCAAACUCCCUUAUGUUUAUUCAUCUCUUCAUACCCAUAUUUAUUUAUGGUCAAUACAAUUAAAUUAGAUUAAAGAUUCUUUGGGUCAUACGACAUUUUUUAAGGGUGGGAUUGGUGAUGAGUGGAGGUUAAUAGUCAAGGCUGUUAUGAAUCUUGUGAUGUUGAGGAUGGGGAAGGUUGUACUCGAUUAUAAAACAUAAUAAAAGUAGUAUUGUUAACUUGACUUC